AUGAGGACCAUGGCGAUGCGAGGAUAUCAGUUUCUUUCAAAUCUUCAAAUUAUUACUUUUGUCUUCUGUUUCGUUAUCAUUUGCUUCAGCGGUGUUUCAGCACAGCAUAUUCAUGCCCCAACCGUCUGGAAUGAAUCCCUAAGUACUAAUGGUUCAUGCUGUAAUGGACAAACGCAAUGCGGUCUUGAUAAAGAGCAUUGCGAUCCCAGUGUCUGCAUCUCAAAUUGCGAUGCCAAAGCUGAAUGUGGUUCCUGGGGCGAGACCCCGGGAGAGCUGUGUCCUCUGAAUGUUUGCUGCGGAGAAUUUGGAUACUGUGGCACAACAGCAGACUUUUGCGGAAGUGGAUGCCAAUCCAAUUGUAAACAGCCUCCUGCCAAUAGCUUAAAUAACGGUGAUGUAACAAAUCUGGUCAUUGGCUAUUACGAAGCCUGGGCUCCGUAUAGACGUGGCGCCUGCCCAAAUCGUCCUCCAUCAUGGAUACGUACAGACUCAAUUACACACUUAUAUGUUGCUUUUGCAUACAUUGCACCUAAAACAUACGAGAUAUAUCCUAUGAACGAAACCAGCGAAGAGAUAUUUCUUGAAAUUAUGCAAUUAAAGCAGACGGCCCCGGGAUUAAAGAUCUUUUUGUCCCUAGGUGGCUGGACGUACUCGGAUAAUGAAACCGACACCCAACCUGUCUGGGGCGAGCUUGCCAGCACGGCUGCAAACCGACAAAAGUUCAUCGGAAAUCUAGCCAAUUUCAUGACAAACUAUGGGUUUGAUGGUGUGGACAUAGAUUGGGAAUAUCCCGGAGCUUCUGAUCGAGGAGGAAAGAAGGCAGAUACUGCAAAUUACGUUCUUCUUCUACAAGAUAUCAGAACAUUUUGGACCGCACAAACCAAUGGCUGGGGUCUUUCAUUCACGGCACCAACAUCGUACUGGUAUAUGCGCUGGUUCGAUAUUGGAAAUCUCACGCAGUAUGCUGAUUGGGUCAAUCUGAUGACAUACGAUCUCCAUGGUAGUUGGGAUUCUCCUGAAGACCAGAUUGGUUCAUAUGUCUAUGCACAUACCAAUCUCACCGAGAUUUCCGACGCGCUUGACUUACUAUGGAGAAACAAUGUGCCAGCCAACAAAGUAAACCUUGGUCUAGGUUUCUACGGCCACACAGGUGUGGCAGGGUCAUGUACGGGCACCGGUGGGAUUCUCUCUUAUGAAGAGAUCACUGCCAUAGCCGAUACAUAUAGCAUCAAACCGGUUGAAGACAAGAAGGCGGCUGCUAUGUAUUUUGCGUUUGACGAGGACCAAUGGGUCUCGUACGACAAUGUGGCCACGAUCAAGGAAAAGGUAGACUAUGCCAAUAAGAACGGUCUUCUCGGACUGUUUAUAUGGGCUCUGGAUCUGGACAACGACAAUUACGACGCUCUUGCAGCCGUUCUUGAUGCAAAAGGCGGUCUUGGUGCAUUCAAAGCUCAGAACGGCGUUGGACCUGCUGGCUCAACAGACUGGCAGCCAACUCAAGCAUCCUGCUUCAUGAGCGAAUGCAGCACCUCAUCUGCUUGUCCAGGAACACACCGGAGCGUCGGACAUUCCGUAUCAUGCGAUGGCAAAGAUCAAUUCAGAUGGGUCUGCUGCCCGCGCGAUCGCGCACCUGAUGCCAGCACAUGCGAGUGGAAGUCUUCUAUUACUUCGUUUCUCGGCCUAAGCUUGGUCGACUGCAAUAACGGUUGUCUUACGGAUGAAGUGCUUAUUGCUGAAAGCAAGUGGUACUAUGACGAUGAUUCUCAAUCCAGCAAGAAGUGUCUCAGCGGAUAUGCGCAAUAUUGUUGUGCCACAUCUGAAGAUGCCCGUAGCCUCUGUGGCAUGUUGGACGGGUCGUGCAUUUCCAUAAAAGACGGCAAGCCUGAUGGGGAUGAUCCUUGUGCCGCUAGCGGCCGUGUUUAUGCGACAUACUCGCAGGAUACAUGUCCCGAUGGCUCAUGGCGUCCAUGGUGCUGUAAUGAACAGGUUGAUGUAUCGCAAUGCGCGUGGCAAGGCCCGAAGCAAGACAUAGCCAGUGACGCUUGUAUCAGAGCCAUGUCUUGUCCAGCGAACCUGGUUAACAUGGGCCACUCUAAGAACGGCGGUGGCUACGACUGUACGGAAUUCAGUAUAGCAACGGAUCACAGUAUAUCAUUGCCAAUCGGAACACAUGAGAGAGCGCUUUGCUGUGCGGCAGGAGAUGUUGUGGUCUAUAAUCAGACGGCUCCAGUGCCUCUGGCGUGGCUGUUCAUCGAAGACGUUCCAGAUUCAGACAAACAGAAAUACGAGAUGAAUGUCGAGACUGAAGCUACUGGAAACCAAGAUCCUAACGAAAAUGGCUUUGGUUGGGUUAUCAUGACUGGUCCUGAGGAUCAGCUUGCUUCGUUGGAUAAGCGAGAUGGCUCUCAUUGGGAGCUUUUUGACUGCCCUGAUCGGGGGACUAUCGCUGAGGAUGACAGAAUCACUGUUCGUGCCGUUUGUUCAGAUGAUUCCAGCGAUAGUAACUGCGACAUUAUUUUCCGAGGCGGUGUCGAGCGUACCGUAGUCGAAAUGCCUCCAGCAUGUGGUAUUGGUCGCUAUGCGAUGGCUGUCAGCAUGGAAUCAGCUGAAGACCAAACCGUGCCGAAGCAUGUCUAUCACAAACUCGUCAAACGUGGUGCCAACUUGAGAGCACGUCCACACGUAUACAGCUUCACGUUCGACUAUGAUUUCUCAGUCUUACACGGAAGAGCCGAUAACACUGUCCAAAUUCGCAUUGACUACUCUGAAGAUCCGGGAUACUGGGCGGCCAUUGUGGACAAUGAUCCUAAAAACACCAACCCAGUGAGGAAACGAGAAGUAGCAAGGGAAGUUGAUCGCCGUCAUGGCGGGUCUUGGAAGAGAUACGCUGAACAUCAGUUUCAUACUGAAAGAUUAGCUACACCGAAACACAAAAGGGAUGAAUUUGAAAAGCGGUGGUGGACUCUAGACCCAGCAAUUUGGCUAGAGGUUAUGGAUAAGCUGAACGAAAAGGGAUUCGAAGGAGAGAUACCACUCGCAUCGCAUCAUCUUCAGGACACAUUUCCUUUCUGGCUCUUUAACGAAAGACUACAAUGUUCGCUGCUCGGCAUCCCUUACGAUGCUUACUUUACUGUUUGGGCGGAUCUACAUGUCGACAUUCUCACAUCGGCUCAACUAACACUAAUUGGCCACCUUAACGAUCUCACCAGCUGGAACCAAUCGCACGUUUUGUUCCGUAACAAGGGCUCUAUACAAGCAGGUUUGCAUAUGGAAGCCCAGGCAACCGUGCGCUUCUCAACUGGAUCAGUUGAGCUGUUUGGUAUGCAAAACUUCGGAGGCACGUUCACUGUGCCCGGUAUAGUGACGAUCGGACCAAACUUUAGAGUGCUUGGACAACUGACCGGAGUCUUUACCGCACAUACCCAAGCUCAUUACAACAUGGACGUACUGUCCUGGGAUUAUUCACAGCGCUAUCCUAAUCCUGACAAUGACGUUUUAUCUGGACUUACUGACAACACAGAAAAUCCCAAAGACCCCGGGAUAGAUGAUGAUCCCGACAAGCCGAGCAAUUUCACCGCAGAUGUUACCGUAAAUGGUGACAUUACCCUACAAAUAACUCCGUUGGUGGAAUUUGGAGUCCGCUUCAAUCCCAAGUACAAAGCUACCGACACAACAAUCUCGCUACAGCUCAAUACCCAUGCGACACUUUACGGAAGCGCUGGUGUUGGCACAGAUACUGCAGCGAGUGUUUGUUAUGGUGCUCUCGCUGGUGCUGAGCUGUUUGCUCAAGUCCAAGCUCCAUCCAUUCUCGGGGUCAAUCCCAAUAGGCGAUGGAGUUUCUAUAAGCAAGAUGUCGACAUCCUCGAACAGAAAUGCUAUGGGCUUAAAGAUUUCUUCCCCUCUGAUUGCCCAGACUGUGAUUGA